AGUCCUGACCGAGCCUAACCGAGUUCGAGAGGCUCGGUACAUCCCUAAAUUAAACUAAAAAGUUUUAUAGGAUGAGCGCAACUAUUUGCCUUGUAUCUUCUGCAAUUCUAUAAUUGACAUAUAUACUGGAAUCGAAUUUCUUCAUCUAAAAUAGUGCUCAGGUACUUUCAAGAUUCGAAAAAUUUUCUAUUAAUAUUGAUUACCAAUAGAUAAAAUAUGCAAGAAAAGAAAGGAUAGUUAUCUGUUAUCAUUUGAUAUCAAUUUUUCAUAUCGAAGUUAAAUGUUUAUUAUAUUUUUUAGGAAAAUUAGGUAACCUUGAACAAGCUGAAAAGAUCUUUAACUCAAUGUCUAAACAUAAUAUUGUUUCAUACAAUAUAUUAUUGAAUCUAUAUGGUCUAUAUUAUCAAUCAGAUAAAGCUUUAAAAACUUAUCAUCAAAUGUGUCAACAAGGUCAUCAACCAGAUGAUAAAACAUAUGUUCUACUUCUUCAUACAUUAAGUCAAACACCAAAUAAAAUUAAUGAUGUCAAACGAAUAUUUUCAACUAUUGAAGAACAUAAACGUGGACCUAUGGUAACAGCAACUAUGAUUGCUGCUUUAACUCGAGCACAAUUAUUUGAUGAAGUUAAUGAUUUAUUAAAAAAAUUGCCAAAAGAAAAUAUUUUAUUCUAUGCAAUGAAAGCAAAUAGUAAUGAAACAAAUGAAAAAUUUCAUUAUCCAAUAUCAAUAACAAAUGAACAAUUAGCAUUGUAUGAUUUAUUAAUGAGUAAUAUUUAUACAUAUGCUGGUUUACAUGAUCGAUUAACAAAUGUCGAUGAAAUUUUAUAUGAGAAUAAAAUAUUAAAAGAUCGUUUAUCAUAUUCUUGGUUUGAAAAAUCAAAUGGAAAAAUUGAAUAUUUCAAAAGUGAACAAUUACAAUUAAAAACAUGUGAACAUACAGAAAAACUUGCACUUAUAAAUGCUUUAGAUGAACAGAAGAAUAGUUCAUCACCUAUCCUUAUUGUAAAAAAUCAUCGAACAUGUACUGAAUGUCAUGAUUACUUUAAAAAAGUUUCUUUAUCUUCUUCUCAAAAAAAAAUUUAUUUACGUGAUUCAACUCGUUUUCAUAUAUUUUCAAAUGGUACUUGUUCUUGUGAAAUUUCUUCGUGA